AUGACGUCGAUGAGGCCGUCGUCCAACGACCGCCUCAGUCAGGACGCCCUCCCGCUCGCCUCGCCCUCGGGCGGCAAGGCGUCCGUCGCCUCGUGCAUCAUCAAUCUCGCCUCGACUUGCAUGGGCACGGGCAUCCUCGCGCUGCCGUCGGCGUACCACCUGGGCGGCUUUGCCUCCGGCACGCUGCUCUGCAUCGCUUCCGCCGGCCUCUGCUCCCUCAGCCUGAAACUCCUCCUCAGCAGCGGAGAGAAGGUCAAGGCGCCCGCGACGUUUGCGACGGUGUGCGAGGCGGCGCUGCCAAACUCGGGGCUGCUGAUCGACUUUGCCGUCAUCAUCAACUGCGUGGGGUGCGCCGCCUCGUACCUCAUCGUCGCCGCCGACUGCUUCUCCGCGCUGGGCUUCCCGCGCAAGACGUGCGUCCUCGUCGCCAUCCUCGCCGUCUCGCCCGCGUCGCUCUUCCGCAACCUCGACACCCUCAAGGCGUCGUCGUCGGUGGCGAUCUGCUGCCUCAUCGGGAUCGUGCUGAUGGUGGUCGUGAUGGGGGUCGUCCCCACCGGCUCCGCCUUCGACCCGUGCCCCGGCGUCUCGGCCAAGGUCGGCCCUCACGGCCACUGCGGAGGCCCCGUCACCUGGGGCUCGACGGCGCCGAUGCGCGUCUUCUGCACGCUCCCGCUCUUCGUCAACGCGUACACGUGCCAGCAGAACGUGUACAAUGCCGUCGGCGAGCUCGCCAACCCGACAGCCGCGCGGAAGGCGCAGGUGGUCUACGGCUCGCCGCUGCUGCCGUUGCUGCUCUACCUCGUGAUCGCCUCGUGCGGCUACUUGACCUUUGGCGACAACGUCACCUCAAACAUCAUCAACGCCUACCCGGUCACGCCGUACGUCUCUGCGGCGCGCACCGUGCUUGGCAUCGUCGUGUUGUGCAACUACCCGCUGCAGAUCUUUAUCCGGCUGGAUCCGGCUGGAUUCGGCUUCAUCCACUGCAGCAUCACGGUCGGCGUGCUCUUCCUCACCGGCUUCACCGCCUUCAGCGUGACCGACCUGGGCGCGAUCGUGUCGCUGGUCGGCUCGACCGGCGCCACCAUGAUCGCCCUCAUCGCCCCGGCGGCGGCGCAUUUGCUGCUCACCCGCUCCGAGCCGUGGGACGGCGUCAAGUACGCCGCCGCCGGCAUGCUCAUCCUCGGCCUGCUGAUCCUCCCCUCCAAGCUCUUUUGCGAGUGA